AUGGCUGUGACCAACUUGGAAGACGCCACAUCCGACAUGUACAACUUUCUCACGGCGUUCAUGGAAAAUUUCCCGCAAUAUUCGCACCAAGACUUCUACAUCAUAGGAGAGUCGUAUGGAGGGACUUGGGUUCCAGCACUUGCAAGAAAGAUCCACCACCGACAGUCCUCCCCGAUGGCGCAAUUCGUGCGAUCAACUGCGAAUAUCAAUGAGACAAAGAUCAACCUGAAAGGAAUCGGACUGGGCAACGCACAACUCUCACAGAAGCUGCAAUGGCCUGGGUUCUACCCAACGGGAUGUCUUGGGCCCAAUCCAGUCUACAAUGAAAGUGUUUGCGCCACCAUCGAAGCGCAUAUGCCGCAAUGCGAAAAUAUGCUGCAGAUUUGCACUGAUAUGAAAAAUAAUGCCGAAGUCUGUAACAAUGUGCUAUAUUAUUGCAGGAAGCGAAGCGUCUACUUUAUCUUCGACGAGCACCUGAACCCUUAUGAUUUCCGCAAGCCUUGCCCUGGCGGCGGACUAUGCUACGAAGAGGCGGACUGGAUCGCGGAAUAUCUCAACUCUCCCUCGGUAAAACGGGAGCUUGGGGUAUCUGCAGAUAUCACAUUUAACAUCAUUGACUAUGAGCUCGGACAAUACUUCGACGAGUCGGGAGAUGUCUCUUUUGACACCGUCGCCUGGGCUGGAGAGCUGCUUGAUCAGGGAUACAAGGUGCUUGUCUACGCUGGCAACAAAGACUGGUUCUGCAACUCAGCGGGAGAAAAGAAUCUGGUUCACAACGUUCGUUGGCGUCACCAAUCCGCUUUUCAAGCACAGGACUUCCAAUCAUUCACUUUGGAUGGAGAAAGAAUAGGCACUUUCAAAGAGAAAAGUGGCCUCAGUUUCGCUGAAAUUUUCGAUGCGGGACACAUGGUGCCAGCUGACAAGCCGAAAGAGUCACUUUUCUUGAUCACGUCUUGGAUGAAGGGGGAUUUAAUUUCUACGUAA